AUGACGAAAGACAAGACGGAACCGAGGCAUGUGGCCGUAUCGCUGGUCUGUUCGCCAUUGACGGGUAGAUUGUUGAUGGUCACCAGCAGGGCUCAUCCGGAUUUAUGGAUAUUUCCAAAAGGAGGUAUAGAAGAAGGAGAAUCGUCUGGUCAAGCUGCAGUAAGGGAAUCGUGGGAAGAAGCAGGUACACCACCGUCUCUUGCCGCUCCUGAAGAUCUCCAGAGACUCAUGAUGCUCGCGUUACCGUCGAAGAAGAAAAGGGGCUCGGUAUGGCAUGUUCAUGUGCUGGAGGUCAACGAGGAUGUGGUGGAAUGCAUCGAACAGUGGCCAGAAUCACAUGAACGGAAACGAGCAUGGUUCACUCCAUCCGAAUGUCUAUUUAAUAUUCAAGAAUGGUCCAAAAUCCCACCGAGCUCAACGAACGAUAAUCAUCUGGAUGAUCCAGUGGAGCUUGUCAAUCAUCAUGCGGAGGAAGGAGAUGAUGGCAACGAACGUCAAGAUAGAGAACAACAGAAGAAGGGAAAACAACAGCAUAAAAUGGAGAAAAAAGCCGGUGCGAUGGAAUUAGCUUUGAGGCAAUUCAUGGAAUCUAGAGGGAAGGUCCUCGAAAAUCAGUGA